GACUUCGGGAGGCCAAUAUCGCAUGUUAUUGCAUACUAAAAUCAAACGGCACAUAAUAUACCCCGAUGAUGAAAAUUCUUCAAAAUAUUACGCAGUAUCGCCGUACGUUGGUAAAUAAAAACCAAUCAACCCCCACAGAAUAAAAUGGUAUGUGCCCUUAUCAGACUUAUUAACCAUAUGGGAUUAAUAUUAACCUGCGAUAGACUAGUACACGUGUAUCGAUAAUUAUUCCACAUUAGUAUGUAGGAACUGCAUAAUAUUAUACGCAAUCGAGUGAGCGUAUUGCUGUUUUCAAUUUCAGUUUUUGUUUUGCGUGUGCUGUUCUAUGUGUUUACUGGAGCGAUAGGUUAUUUUAUUUCAAGAUGGACCAGUUUUGUUCCGUUUACUUCCAAUGUUUCCUGGCUGUGAAUUUAUUUUGGUGCGCAUUCGGCAUGUGGGAAGAGCCGUCCCUGCAUCCAUAUGUUGAUCCUUUGGACAGACAGGAACCAUGGAGUAGCGUAUCCCUCAGCGUCCUCAUCGAGCCAGGAAGGGAGGAAUGCUUCCACCAGAGUGUUCGUCAAGGUAUCAAAUUCGAGCUGUCUUACCACGCUACCAGUAAAGAUGUUCACAAUAACAUGCGGGUGGUCGUACGGACCGAGAGAGGAGAGCGACUCUACGCGUCCUACGUUCAGGUAGAGGAUCGAUUUCAGACUGUGGCCAGCAGAGACGCACUCUACACGAUAUGCUUUGGCAACCAAGGCUCUCGACGUUAUGCCAGGUUGGUUUCCAUGACAAUCGACAUGAUGGAAGAAGCCAAAGUCAAAGAGUAUUUCCGGCUAAAAGCGGAGACGGAGGGCCACUUAGUCAACGCCUCUGAAUCUGUGGGGAGAAUCUGGAAUUACCUGUGGCGUGCUUCUCGGGAGCAGUUCCGACUGCGGGUGGGCAUGGGACGCGACGAGGCCUUCAUGAUGAACAACAACGACUACAUCUUGUACUGGUCGGUCGCCCAGGCCUUCAUCAUCGUGACGGCCGGUGUGGUCCAAGUCUGGGCACUCAGGAGCUUGUUCAAAGUGAAAGUUCUGACGCCGUCACAGAAACCAAGAUGCUAGCUGGGAUGAAAGGGCUCAAUUUCGUAGGUGUACGAUUUGAAACAAAUAGGUAUACCCCAGUCCCUAUUCCCUGUACACAUUCUUCUGCUGGUCAAGUCCAAGAAAAAUUCCGGUUUUUGACUCAUACGUAAAGCCAUGUUUUCUGUAAUGACAUCAUUAUUAUCGCAAAGACUUAUCACAUAAAAUUUCGUGUGGGUGUUCUCCUUGCAAAUGCCCAACAGUAAAAUAAAACAGACCAAAGACAAAAGUGGAAGGGGAAGUUUAGCAACUUACGGUGCUCAACAUAACUGAGAUUUAAAGCACCAGUCAUAAUAAGCAUGCACAAUGAAUGUCAUUUUGGACGGCAUUGUUUUUGCUAAGAUAAGAAAAAAUAUUUCCUGUGCUCGGCGCCAUUGUUGGUGCUUAGCCGCUCCUUGAAUUUGUCUGCAUGACAUCUUGCCUUUCAAACCAAACAGCAGGUUUCAGAUAAGUAUCGGCAACGAGGGUGCCAGUGGUUCAUUGAUGACGAGUAUUUAAAACAAAAGCUCUUCCGUGUCCAACAGUGCCCGUACUCUAAGAGCCUCGUCUUCGCUACUGAUUUGAAAUUCGGCUAGAUUACAUAAACAGUCUGAUCUGUAGAGGAAAGAGCACGUGCUCUUUUGAAACAAAAUGGGGCAUGUGAAGCUAAAGCGAGAACUGUACACUCAUCACAGAGACCAGAUUAUUAUUUGAAACACGAAGGACACAAGGAGGGAGCUAUUUGGAGUGGGCACCAUCAUGUAAAUGCAGAGAGCGCCCUCAUAUUGUGUCCACCAUUAUCACCAAAGGGAUGGUGCAGACCUUCAAAUCGACUCCCAUAGACCUCAGUAAUAAUUACGCGUACUUCCGAAAAUUAUUUUAAAAAAUACAACUCUCCGAGGUGUUUCAGAUACCCAUCCAAUUCUUUCAGUUUCUGUGGCUUGUUUUUCAAUUAUCCGAUGACUUUGGGGAGAAAAUUCCAUCAAAAUAUGAUCAUUUCAAAAAGCAGUCCUGUGGUCCAUCGCCAUUUUGGAAAAUAAUGCCUGCACUCAAUUGCAAAAUAGAGCAAUUUUAGGGCCCAAUUUCAUGCGAAUUUCCCAGAAAUACGGGCUCACACUCUUGUGCACGGCUUCCACCCAUCGUUUUCGCAAACCUUCAAUGUUAAUGGCCCACGUAAUGCUCCGAUAGCAAAGAAUUUGAGGGCAUACAGAUUGUGAUUUGGCCCUCGUAGGGAUUUCUGGGCCUAUUUACAGGUCUUUGACUUUAAGGCCGAAGGUACAGUGGUAGCUAAUACAAAGCAACUUAACGAUGAUAAUUUUCGUAGUUGCCGGAUCGGACGGAAAAGGAACGGGGCAUCCCUAUCAAAAGUCCAUCUUAUAUUCUUCACAAAUCAAAUUCGCUUUUAACACUAACCAAACAGAGAUAAUUGAUUUACAUUUUUAAACACUAUUAUGCAUUAUUUCAGCAAUAACAUGUGCAUUUUUUAACUUAUAAAAAAUUGUCUUCCUUUUCAUAUCUCACGGCAUCUUUUAGCAUAGUUUGUGGUGGGUUUCAAAACUUUAGAAAUUUUCUUUCUUGAAUUUUGCAUGAUUAACACUAUUUCUUAAUUAGUGGGAGUUAUAGUGGAUCCAAUUUUUUUCCAAACUUUUUAAAGUGUGUUUUGUGGGUGAGUGCUCUGGUUUAAUCAUGUAGGUUUGUGCGGUGACUUUUGUUAGUUCAUUAUUUUUAACAUGAUUGUAUUUCUAGUUUUUUUGUGAAUCAAAAUCUUCCAUAUUUUCAAAACAGCGAUCUGAAAUCAACCGUAGGCCUAUCCUAGAGUAAAUAAUGCCGAUAUACCAGCUGUUCGUUCCUAUUUUUAUUUUUUUUUGUAAAUGUUAAUGUGCAUGGUUCACCCAAUCGGGAAACUGACUGUAUGCCUUCGUUUCUGAUAUUUUAAAUAAACGUUAAAGAAAAUCAGUGAAGUCAA